AUUACAAUCUCAUGCUACAGUUGCACAUGUGUUUGUGUAUUAGACAUUUAUUGCUAGAAAUAUGUCGUUUUAGGACAUUUAUUAUUGCAUUAAUUUAUAAUUAGAUUAUAUAAGUGAAAUGACUGCUUAAAGACUACGAUUUCUGCUGUUGGUUGAGCUUGGUAAACAGUAACGUAUUUGAACAGUGUUAGCAAGCUAGCUACAAUGUUAUAGUGUGUUAUGGUGUCACAUUGAUUCAUAUAGCACAUGAAACAUUUGUAGCACUGACACGUCACAUUACAUAACUGGACAGUCUAUCUACCAUGACUAUGACGGAGGAAGCACCGGGUGUCCCUGAGUGCUACAUCUCAGAACAUGAAGGGUUCUAUGGAACCAUCAAGAACUUCACCAGAGACUUUGUAGUCACAGAGAUAGACAUCCAUGGCCAGAUGGUCACUAAACCCAGUGUAUCUGAUGUUCCUCAAUCAUCCAACAUUACUGAGGCAUGUCCAGGUUCCAAGUCUGAAGGAAAGACAAAUAUUAUUAGCCCAAAACAUCAACACAACCUCAAAGAAGAGAAUUCAGAACCUGGACCCGGUCAGAAUGGUGACAUCACAUCCACCGCCAGCCAAGACUGUUUUGACCUGAGCAUAAUACUGGGUCAGGCUGUCUGUGAAGAGCUAGAGCAGUUCACUGCUUUAUUGAGAGAGAUGUCAUCAAGUCCCAAUGAUGGCGUUGAGAAGAAGCUGGCCAACCAAGAAUCAUCCAAUGGCAGUGAGAAGAUGGCCAAUCAAGAGUUAUCCCUGGGUUCAUUCCCAGACAAACACCAAAGAGCUAAUGUCCACCGCGCUGUCCGACACAGCUUUCCCUUCCUGUUGACAGUAACCAACCAAUCAGAGAUCAGGGUUAAGGAGGACCCUGACUUUAAGCUCCUAUCAGGUUUGGUCUCCGAGGAGGAGGCCGAAGACUUUAUCAGGUUCAUCGACACCAAGAUGCCUAAUUCUGUGUACACGUUCAGGGGUGAUGACAGUAAGGAGCACAGGACGGCAGUGCACCACUUCCUCAGUAGACGGUUUGGUAAACUGGUGGAGACCAAGAGCUUCAGUGACCAGCAGCAGAAGACUACGGCCAUUACUGUCAGGUUGAGAAAAAAAGGGAAACCCAGGAAGAGGACGGCUGAUGACAGUAAAGAGGAAGAGGUCUAUACAGCGUUCACUCUGAGGAAGGAGAACCUAGAGACUCUGGAGGCUAUCAGCUAUAUGGCAGCUGUCCUGGGGGUGCUGCCCUCUGACUUCACCUACGCUGGCAUCAAGGACAAGAGGGCCGUCACCUACCAGUCCAUGGUGGUCAAGAAGAUCUCACCACAACGGCUGAGAGAGAAGGCCAGUGAGUUUGAGAAGAGGGGGGUGGUCCUCUCCUCCGUCCGCUCCGUCUCGGAGCCUCUUCAUCUGGGUAGACUCCAGGGGAACCACUUUGACCUGGUGGUACGGGAUCUGAGGCCACACCAGGGUCAUGGCACACUGAUGGAGCUGGACUCACUGGUGCAGGAGGCUGUGGAGAACGUAAAGGUCAAGGGGUUUGUGAACUACUAUGGACCUCAGAGGUUUGGGACUGGACAGAGUGUUCAGUCUGACCGCGUCGGACUGGCCCUGCUCAAAGAGGAAAUGGUGGCAGCUGUCCGUCUGUUUUUCACACCCGAAGAGGGUGAUGACCCUCAGAGCGUUGCCAAGAGACACUUCCUCCAGACUGAUAAUGCCAAGGAGGCCCUGUUUCUGAUGCCCAUGUCCAAGGCCAGAGAGAGGAUGAUGCUGAGGGCCCUACAUCGCUAUGGGACGGGCCCAGAGGGCUGCACCCGUGCCUGGCUCAGCCUGCCCCAUGGGAUGAGGGUCUUCUACCCCCACGCAUACUGCAGCCGGGUCUGGAACGAGGCGGCUGCACACAGGCUGACCACGCUGGGCCACAGGGCCAGGCAGGGAGAUCUGGUCUGGAAGCAGAGGAGAGAGGAGGGGAUAGCGGCGGGAGAAACCAGCUUACCUCAGAUUCAUGUUGUUACUGCUGCAGAGGAGGAGGAGGAAGUCUACUCACUAGGACAGGUGGUUCUUCCCAUGCUUGGCAACACUGUGAAGUACCCAGAGAACCCUGUAGGGGGCUGGUACCAGGAGAGACUGGCGAGGGAUGGACUACAGAGCUGUCGUUUCAGAGUCACUCCUCUCAAACUGAACCUCCCUGGCUGCUACCGCCUCUUACUGGCCAUCCCACAUAGCCUGACCUACAGGCUGGAGCAGGGCCAGAGAGCUGGGGAGAGGCAACAGGAGUGGAAUGGAAAGUCACAGGCUAGUGGAGCGGUACCACAGCACCCCGGCACAGACACAACUAGACCUGGAGGUCUGGAGAGGCAGAGAGGAGGGGAGAGCGUGCAGGGUAAUGGAGAGGGGGAGUCAACGGUGCAGUACCCUGACACAGACACAACUAGACCUGGAGGUCUGGAGAGGCAGAGAGGAGGGGAGAGCGUGCAGGGUAAUGGAGAGGGGGAGUCAACGGUGCAGUACCCUGACACAGACACAACUAGACCUGGAGGUCUGGAGAGGCAGAGAGGAGGGGAGAGCGUGCAGGGUAAUGGAGAGGGGGAGUCAAUGGUGAAGUACCCUGACACAGACACAACUAGACCUGGAGGUCUGGAGAGGCAGAAAGGAGGGGAGAGCGUGCAGGGUAAUGGAGAGGGGGAGUCAACGGUGCAGUACCCUGACACAGACACAACUAGACCUGGAGGUCUGGAGAGGCAGAAAGGAGGGGAGAGCGUGCAGGGUAAUGGAGAGGGGGAGUCAACGGUGCAGCACCCUGACACAGACACAACUAGACCUGGAGGUCUGGAGAGGCAGAGAGGAGAGGAGAACGUGCAGGGUAAUGGAGAGGGGGAGUCAACGGUGAAGUACCCUGACACAGACACACCUAGUUUGAGGUUGAACUUUGACCUGGACUCUUCCUGCUACGCCACCAUCUGCCUCAGAGAGGUCAUGAAAUGUGACCCUUAAACUGGAGUCUCAGGUGUUGUAUGUACUACUGUGUGUACAGUAUUUUGAUUAAUAUUGUACUUUGUACACAGUAUGGCUUCUUGUGUACUUGUAGGAUACUGCUACAGUAUUGUGUUUUGUACACAGUAUGGCUUCUUGUGUACAUGUAGGAUACUGCUACAGUAUUGUGUUUUGUACACAGUAUGACCUCUUGUGUACUUGUAGGAUACUGCUACAGUAUUGUGUUUUGUACACAGUAUGGCUUCUUGUGUACUUGUAGGAUACUGCUACAGUAUUGUGUUUUGUACACAGUAUGGCUUCUUGUGUACAUGUAGGAUACUGCUACAGUAUUGUGUUUUGUACACAGUAUGACCUCUUGUGUACUUGUAGGAUACUGCUACAGUAUUGUGUUUUGUACACAGUAUGGCUUCUUGUG